UAAGUUAUCAGUCCUAUUUAUCACAGUCUGAUGUUAUUGUGAAACAAAAUAUGAAAUGUGUAAAUACAGUUAUAUUUAUGAGCUUUCUUCUGCAAUCGACAGAUUAUGCACGUGCAGCAACAGGACCACGAUGUUUUGAGUGUACAAGGAUUCCAUUUGCCCGUGACUGCGACCAUGUGCGAGUGUGUGGUGAACACGAGGUUUGCUUUACAAAACAAAUUGUUUCUGAUAGUGGUCACGUGUUAUACGACACCGGAUGUGUAGAUAAACAGAAUUGCAAGUCGAAACGGUCUCUUGAUGCCGUACAAGAUGACGAAACCGGAGACCUGAUCACGUGCCUACAUUGUUGUCAUGGUGAAUUCUGUAACUCUCAAGGCUGUGGAUCCCAAGCGUUACCCACAACCAAUAGAGGACCAGUGUGUUUUUCAUGUCCCAAAGGAAGUGCAUCACCGGAGAAAUGUGAUAAAGUUACUGCUUGUGGCCGCGACCAGCGUUGUUUCAUUCAUCCAUUGAAUGGUAUUGGGGGUGACCUGUUGUAUAAAGCCGGAUGUACAAACUCGUGUUCAUUUCAUGAUCAAAGUAUUGUGAAUACAAUUGUCGGAAAAAGAGAUUUGACCUCUUGUCUUGGUUGUUGUGAAACAGAUUUCUGUAACAGUAACUGUUCAGCACUAAAUCAUUCUGUUAUUGUAACACCAACCAAGGUUACUGGAAUGGAGAACUCGACAAGGAAAUCGACAAAACAUACUACUACAACAACCCGCUAUUCCUCGACAUCAGAUAAAAGCAUUUCCACAAUACCUCCAUCUACCUCCAAACCCAUAGAUAGAUCGGCACUUUGCAAACAUCUUCACAACGGGUAUACCUAUCUUAAAGAAUACGACCACUGUGUAAAAAUAUACAAUGAUCUGAAGUUGACCUGGGAGCAGUCACGUGAUCAGUGUAUCUCUGAUGGCGGUAACUUGAUGAUCUUCCACAACAAACAGGAAGAAGGUUACUUUGAAACAUUGACGGAACAACCUACAAAUGAAUGGGAUUCUAAGCGAUAUUGGGUAGGAGCGUCUGACUUGUCACGUGAAGGACAAUGGUUAUGGUCUGACAAUACCCCAGUGAACAAGAUAUACUUCUACCCUAAUGAACCCAACAACGGCGGUCCACACUCCGGGACUGAGAACUGUGGAGCAACGGCCUUUAUAAAUAGAACAUUCCUGCUGAAUGAUGAUGACUGCAGCCACCAGUAUCAUUUCAUCUGUGAAAUUGAUACGGGAGCUGCGACAAACAAAACAAACACAUUGGAUGUCUCCCAGUGUCGGAAUAGCCAUUACACUUUAAAUGCUCUACAAGGUACAUGUUUCAAUGUAUAUGAUGUCAUGAAACUAUCAAUGGAAGCUGCACGAAAAGCCUGUCAGAAUGAAGGUGCAGACCUUCUACAACUUAAGGACCGAAAUGCCGAACAAUUCUUUCUAGAUUUUGGAUUUAAAGAUAAGGAAAAUAACAGUCGGCGGUACUGGCUGGGUGCACGAAGACAUCAUGGCGGUGAUUUUUACUGGCUAGACGGACGUAAAUUUGAUAACAGCUACAUUUGGGCACCGGGUGAACCUAAUUUUUACAAAAACAGCGAGGAAUGUGUGGAUUUAACUUGGUUUGCCGCUAAUGAGGAAUUACAUGCACCUGAUGCGUUUGCUCUCAACGAUGACAACUGUGGCACUAGUUAUUUCUUUAUUUGCGAAGAAACGAGAGGACACUGAUGAAACAGUUUAUGUAUUUGAUGAUAUGGCAAUGUUCAUCAGUAAAUCUUCAUGAAUAAAAAUUAGCGUAUUA